UGAACACAGCACGCCCCCAGGGGCUUGACGGUGGUCAGGUGACCCGCAGCAGGCAGGCCAUUCUCGGCUUCCCCUGGCUUUGGCUCCAAUGUCGGAGGUGUUUGUGCCUGGAAGAAAUGGACUCUGGCAAUGCAAGAAUUUAAUCAUUCAGAGGUCCGAACAGUUGACUCCGUGAAUGGCGCCAAAACAGGACCCUAAACCGAAAUUUCAAGAAGGUGAAAGAGUCCUGUGCUUUCACGGGCCAUUGCUCUAUGAAGCAAAGUGUGUCAAGAUCAACGUAAAGGAUAAGCAGAUUAAAUACUUCAUUCAUUACAGCGGAUGGAACAAAAACUGGGAUGAAUGGGUUCCUGAAAGCAGAGUUCUCAAAUAUGUGGACAGCAACCUUGCCAAACAAAAAGAGCUUCAAAAGGCCAAUCAGGAUCAUUAUGUUGAGGGAAAGAUGAGAGGCUUAGCACCAAGCAAGAAGAUUGCUGCUGUGCAGCAGAAAAAUGUUGAUCUGAAAGUGAAAAAGGCAAAACAGAAGACCCCAGGGCCAGGUGAAGGUACCAGCAGCGGCGAGAUGCCCCAGGGGCCACGAAAGAAGAGGGCUCGGGUUGAUCCCACAGUGGAGAGUGAGGAGAUGUUCACCAACCGUGUGGAAGUGAAGGUGAAGAUCCCAGAGGAGUUGAAACCCUGGCUGGUGGAUGACUGGGACCUCAUUACCCGACAGAAACAGUUAUUUCAUCUGCCAGCUAAGAAGAAUGUAGAGACCAUCUUGGAGGACUAUGCAAACUACAAGAAAUCAAAAGGAAACUCGGACAAUAAGGAAUAUGCUGUGAGUGAAGUGGUGGCAGGGAUCCGGGAGUACUUCAACGUCAUGCUGGGCACUCAGCUGCUUUACAAGUUUGAGAGGCCGCAGUACGCCGAGAUCCUGGCCGAACACGCGGAUGUGCCGAUGUCUCAGGUGUAUGGAGCACCGCACCUGCUGCGUCUGUUUGUUCGUAUUGGAGCCAUGCUGGCCUACACUCCCCUGGAUGAGAAGAGUCUGGCUCUGUUGCUCAGUUACCUCCAAGAUUUCCUCAAGUACCUGGUAAAGAAUUCAUCGACCCUUUUCAGUGCCAGCGACUAUGAGGUCGCACCCCCAGAGUACCACCGCAAAGCUGUGUGAGAGCUCUCAGCAAACCUCUUUUCCUAUUGAGACACCUCAUCCCACUCUCCCAGACCACAACUGAAAUAUCCGUGACUACCCUUUGGAUCGCAGUCUUUGGCGAUAUUUUUCACUUGAACUGAUUUGCUUCCCCCGCCAGGGUCUCAGGAGCUCGUCACGGUUAAGAAGAAAAAAAAAAAUUGUGAAACCUUUUUAACUGAGUCACUUUUCUUUUUCCCCCUUUUCCUUUUCAUGUACCUUUUUUUUUUUCUUCAUAUAAAAGUGUGGUUCUUCAUCGUCCGUUACCACAGAGCAGCUCUUCUGUGUUUUUUUGCAUUCCAGCUGAUAGAUAUUUGUUGCAUGUGGGUAUUUAUUGGUGUUUCUUCGGCCAAAUGAGGUGCAGUUUAAUGCUGGUCCUCAGUCAGUGUUCAGCAGUUAAUGUUUUUGUAUCUGUAUCUUGUGUAUUUGUAUCAGUUUGUAAAAAGAAAAAAAUAUAUAUAUGUUUAUACACAGUAUCCAGCUCGUUUACUGUGCGUUCUUUUUCACAUCAAGUAAAUUAUUUGGUUUUAUCUCUCUCCUUUCAAGACACAUCUUGCUGUAAAUGUCGCUAAUAAUUAAAAGCAGCAGCAGGAAAUGAAAUUGAAAACAGAGAGCCAUCCUCCUGCUAAGUUUUGGUUUAGUAUUCACCUGACGAGACACAGGGUCAAAGUAUCUUUCAAUUACAUGUGUUGACUGUUAAAGUGCACAUCAGUUUUCAGUGUUAAUCCUGCAAAUGUAAAACAUCCAAAAUGCCUACAACCAGAUUUUGACACCACAUGACAGACUACAACAUACAUAUCCCCACAUCAGCAUGGGAAAAUUACCAAGGAAUUAUUAAACAUGAUCCAGUCAUGGAGUCUGAUUCCUAUAUAUGUUGGUGUGUGUUUGUAAUUUGAAAUGACUUUUACUGGUCAGUAAAUGGAGUUCUGUGGACUAAAAAAUGUGCCCUGAAAAAUGUUGUAUGAGAGUUAGAGAAAUAUACAUAUCAUAAACAGUGCUGUGCAGAUGUCUUGAGCCACCCCUCAUUUCUUUAUAUUUUGCUUUUUUACAUUUUUUUUGGAGUGCCUUUGAACAAUAGUUCUUCAGGG